GAAAGCUUCUUGCAUUGACUGUGUGCUGUAUGUCAUCUAGAUCUAUUGUGGCAACCAAUGACCUAGUUUAUCAGACUCCCUCAAGAAAACAGAACAUGGUUUGGGUAUCUAGGUACAGUUGAAGUCAGAAGUUUACAUACACUUAGGUUGGAGUCAUUAAACCUAAUUUUUCAACCACUCCACAACUUUCUUGUUAACAAGCUAUAGUUUUGGCAAGUCGGUUAGGACAUCUUCUUUGUGCAUGACACAAGUGAUUUUUCCAACAAUUGUUUACAGACAGAUUAUUUAAUUUAUAAUUCACUGUAUCACAAUUCCAGUGGGUCAGAAAUUUACAUACACUAAGUUGCCUUUAAACAGCUUGGAAACGCAAGUAUACGCAAGACCAUAAACACCAUGGGACCAAGCAGCCGUCACACCGCUCAGGAAGGAGACGUCUCCUAGAGAUUAACAUAAUUUGGUGCGAAAAGUGCAAAUCAAUCCCAGAACAACAGCAAAGGACCUUGUGAAGAUGCUGGACUAAACAGGUACAAAAGUAUCUAUAACCACAGUAAAACAAUAAUAAUUAUUAUUAUUAUUAUAUCGACAUAACCUGAAAGGCCGCUCAGCAAGGAAGAAGCCACUGCUCCAAAACUGCCAUUAAAAAAAGCCAGACUACGGUUUGCAACUGCACGUAGGGACCAAGAUCGUACUUUUUGGAGAAAUGUCCUCUGGUCUGAUGAAACAAAAAUAUAUCUGUUUGGCCAUAAUGACCAUUGUUAUGGUUGGAGGAAAAAUGGGGAGACUUGCAAGCCGAAGAACACCAUCCCAACCGUAUAGCACAGGGGUGUCAGCGUCAUGUUGUGGGGGUGCUUUGCUGCAGGAGAGACUGGUGCACUUCACAAAAUAAAUGGCAUCAUGAGGUAGGAAAAUGAUGUGGAUAUAUUGAAGCAACAUGAAGCAUCAGUCAGGAAGUUAAAGCUUGGUUGCAAAUAGGUCCUCCAAAUGGACAAUGACCCCAAGCAUACUUCCGAAGUUGUGGCAAAAUGACUUAAGGACAACAAAACCAAGGUAUUGGAGUGACCAUCACAUUCACCCAAAUUAUUGUGGGAAGCUUGUGGAAGGCUACCUGAAACGUUUGACCCAAGUUAAACAAUUUAAAGACAAUGCUACCAAAUACUAAUUGAGAGUAUGUAAACUUCUGACCCACUGGGAAUGUGAUGAAAGAAAUAAAAGCUGAAAUAAAUCAUUCUCUCAACUAUUAUUCUGACAUUUCACAUUCUUAAAAUAAGGUGGUGAUUCUAACUGACCCAAGACAGGGAAUUUUUACUAGGAUUAAAUGUCAGGAAUUGUGAAAAACUGAGUUUAAAUGUGUUUGACUAAGGUGUAUGUAAACUUCUGACUUCAACUGUAGGUAGCUACCAAUAAAGGCUUCAUUACGAGUUAAUCAACAACUCACCCCCCCAUAUUUAAUUCCAGUGUGUCUGAAGUCUGUUCAAGGCUCUUGGGAUCUCCUUACGGAUGGGUGUGGACACCCUUACGGAUGAGCCCCUCCACCUCCAUCCCAUUCAGCAAUAGUAGCCGUAUCCUGAUUCCUGGCACCAAGAUGGAUGCUUUGGCACAAAUGCACUUCGCCACUAUCGACUAUGUCAUAUUUGCCCUUCUGUUGGCGUCGUCCAUGGGCAUAGGGCUGUACUACGCCCUGUCAGGGGGUCGGCAACGCACCACUCAGGAGUUCCUGCUGGCAGACCGGAGCAUGAGCUGCCUCCCUGUGUCUCUGUCACUAAUCGCUACAUUUCAAUCAGCGGUGGCUAUAGUGGGCGUGCCAGCGGAGAUCUAUACCCAUGGCACUCAGUACUGGUUCAUAGGCUGUGCUUACAUCCUGGGGCUAUUCAUUCCAGCACACAUUUUCAUUCCUGUGUUCUACAGGCUGCAUCUUACCAGCGCUUAUCAGUAUCUGGAACUGCGGUUCAACAAAGCAGUGCGUAUAUGUGGAACAGUUACCUUCAUCUUUCAGACGGUCAUAUAUAUGGCUGUUUGUGUGUACACUCCAGCUCUAGCACUCAAUGCAGUUACUGGCUUUGAUUUAUGGGGAGCAGUGCUGGCCACUGGACUGGUGUGUACACUGUAUACAACUCUGGGAGGCCUGAAGGCAGUGAUCUGGACAGAUGUCUUCCAGACCAUAGUGAUGUUUGCUGGCCAACUAGCGGUCAUCGUGGUGGGGGUCCAGCAGACUGGGGGGGUGGCAGAGGUCUGGAGGAAGGUCUCAGAGGGGAACCGCAUCUCCGGCAUAGACCUGAACCCUGACCCUACGGUGGAGUACACGUUCUGGACCCUGGGGGUGGGGGGAGUCUUCCUGAUGUUGUCACUGUAUGGGGUCAACCAGGCCCAGGUCCAGAGAUACCUCAGUGCCAAGACAGAGAGGGACGCCGUCAUGUCUUGCUACAUGGUGUUUCCCUCUCUACAGUUAGCUCUAGCUCUAAGCUGUGUCAUGGGGCUUGUCAUGUUUGCACGCUACUGUGGGGAGGACCAUUUCCACAAUCUAGGUGUCUUAUCAAAAAAUGAGAUGGUGUUGUACUUUGUGAUGGACAUGCUGCAGGGUCUACCUGGCCUGUCUGGACUGUUUAUCUCCUGCCUGUUUAGUGCAGCUCUCAGCACCAUCUCAUCAGCCUUUAACUCUCUGGCUACAGUGACCAUGGAGGAUCUGAUCAAACCACACUGCCCCUCCAUGACAGAGGCCAGGGCCACCCUGCUCUCCAAAGGACUGGCAUGUUCAUAUGGACUGCUGUGUCUGGCCAUGGCCUAUCUCACCCACUUGAUGAGUGAUUCCGUUUUGCAGACUGCUUUCAAAAUAUUUGGAAUGGUUGGUGGUCCUCUUCUGGGCGUCUUCUCUCUCGGGUUGUUCUUUCCUUGGGCGAACUCUACCGGUGCCCUGGUAGGGUUGGGGUCAGGCCUGACGAUGGCCUUCUGGGUGGGCAUCGGGAGCAUCGUAACCCGUACCUCUGGGGGUCUUGCUGCUGUGUCUCAGUUCAACUGUACUGCUGUACAACUCUCAGGGAACAUCACCACAGCCAUGGGGACAGCACUCAUCAGUACCGCAAUGCCCACCGUUACACACAGCCGACCAAUGGGUCUGCAGAGGUUCUACUCCUUGUCCUUCAUGUGGUACAGUGCUCUCAACUCCUUCACUGUGGUGAUCACAGGGUUGGUUGUUAGCUUUCUCACAGGACCAAUGAAAGCGGAGGAGGUGACCCCAGGCACUCUGUAUCCCCUGUUGGGCAACAUGCUGCUCUUCGUACCAGAUAAACUCAAACAGAAGCUGUGCUGCGUCACCCCACUGGGGCAUGGGCCAACCAUCCAGGAAUGUCCACCUGCUCAGGCCGUCUACACAGAGGAGGGCUUGUUAGAAGAGGAGAGGCAAAGCUUUCUUCUAACCUCCCACACACCUGUUGUGGAACAUGAGACAGCUCUGUGAUGGACAGACUCUUCCACAACCACGUUAUAUCACGGUCCUCUGGGCAGUGAAAUGGGCCACACACUGUAUCAUGUCAGAGUGUUUUUCACAGAGGUUCUGUUCUGAGGAGAUGAUGCUCUGAGAGGAGAAGUGUUGUUGGGAGGUAUUGUGCUCUGCUAUGGCUGACCCUGUAAAACAACACCUAUCAUACUACUAUGGCUGACCCUGUAAAACAACACCUAUCAUACUACUAUGGCUGACCCUGUAAAACAACACCUAUCAUACUACUAUGACUGACCCUGUAAAACAACACCUAUCAUACUACUAUGACUGACCCUGUAAAACAACACCUAUCAUACUACUAUGACUGACCCUGUAAAACAACACCUAUCAUACUACUAUGACUGACCCUGUAAAACAACACCUAUCAUACUACUAUGGCUGACCCUGUAAAACAACACCUAUCAUAGUACUAUGACUGACCCUGUAAAACAACACCUAUCAUACUACUAUGACUGACCCUGUAAAACAACACCUAUCAUACUACUAUGACUGACCCUGUAAAACAACACCUAUCAUACUACUAUGACUGACCCUGUAAAACAACACCUAUCAUACUACUAUGACUGACCCUGUAAAACAACACCUAUCAUACUACUAUGGCUGACCCUGUAAAACAACACCUAUCAUACUACUAUGACUGACUCUGUAAAACACCACAUUUCACUGCACCUAUCCGGUGUAUGAACAUUUUCUCUGUAAUCCAAGCGACUGUGGAUUAAAAAUACACUGAUACUGUACAUGUCUAGUGUGCAUGACGCCUGAACAAGACCAAAGAAACCUACAGUAUUACUGAAAUCAACGAUAAACCCAAGACCAUGUUAAUGUAUACUUCCGGAGACGAUCAGAUUUGAAUGGACCAUUUGUUUUGCUGCAAGGUAUAAAACAAUGUCACGAUCGUCGUAUUGAGGAGACCAAAGGGCAGCGUGGUGUGAAUACAUACUUUUAAUGAAUGACGAAAAAACACGAAGUACACUAAACAAACAAACAAAAUAACAAAUAACCGCUAUCGAAACUGAGUGCUAACAUGCAACAUCACAGACAAUAACCCACCAACCACAAUACAAAACAGGCUGCCUAAAUAUGGUUCCCAAUCAGAAACACCUGCCACUGAUUGAGAACCAUAUCAGGCCAAAACACAUAGAAAUAGACUAACUAGACAUACAACAGAAUGCCCACUCAUAUCACACCCUGACCAAACAAAACAUAGAAACAAACAACGCAAAUCAUGGUCAGAGUGUGACAAACGAAGACAUAUCAAGGGGCAUAACUCCUGAGGAAACACAGAGAACUACUUGAGUACUGCUGAUUAUCGCUGUUCGCCCAGUCAAUGAGGAAAUAGCUUUCUGUUAUUUGUGGAACUGAGUACUUGUUCUUUCAAUAAUGUCUUCCAGUGGGCGAAUUUGUCAUGUUGGCCUGGUGUCUAAGUAGGUAUGGCAACAAAAUAUGUUCAAACGAUACUUGAGACAUUUUCAGUGUUUCGAAAAUGAGAAAAUAAACAUUUUUAAAAGUA